AUGUUCUCCUCCAAAUUCCUAAGCGGGGCCAACCCGCUUAAUGCCAUGUCCUCUGCUGUGAAUAAGUUUGGUUUAUUCGGAGACGAUGGGGAGGGGGAUAAGAAUAAGAGCGCACCCUCCCAGCAGGGGGUGAAACCACCUGGAGAGCAGCAGCCAGGAGCAGGCCCUGGCAAAGGCCCUCAACAGCAGCAGGGACCGCAAAAAUCAGGCCAGGCACCCCCUAUGCAAAAGGGCCAGCCUCCCCCUAAACAAGGAUCACCACAGCUGCAUGGGAAUGGACAGGCUGGACCCCCAAAUAAGCCCGGGGGGCAGCAACCCACUCCAAAGGCAGGGACACAGCCUGAAGGCCAGCAGGCACAAAAAAAUCAGCCUAAGGGCCCACCACAGCAAGGUUCACCUAAGCCCGGAGCUCAACAACAGAUUGUGACGAAGAGCGGAGCUCAACCGGGAUCUCCAAAGGCAUCAUCACAACAGCAGGUGCCACCUAAGACUGGGAUACAACAACAAGCGCCUGCUAAGACUGGUGCACAGCAGCCACCACCUGCAAAGACUGGGGUGCAAGAGUCUCCAAAGGUUGGCUCACAGCAAGGGGCACCCAAAGUAGGACAGCAACAACAGGGGUCACCAAGAAUCGGACAACAACAGGGCUCACCUAAACUUUCACAGCAACAACAGGGUCCCCCUAAAGUUGCACAGCAACAACAGGGCUCAUCCAAGGUGGGGCAGCAACAGCAAGGCUUCAGGACUACAUCUCAGCAGCAGUCCUCUGAUAAGCCUGGGCCUCAGAAACAAGGGCCCAAAGGACCUGGUACACCUGACCUGUCCCGAGCUGGAUCUUCAUCACCUGGAACAACCAAAGCCGGAUCUCAGUCAAAAGCAGCAACCAAGUCUCUUUGCCCCGUGUGUAAAACAACAGAACUGAAUAUCCACACCAAGGAACCACCAAACCAUAAAACCUGCACACAGUGUAAAACUGAAGUGUGCAGCUUGUGUGGCUUCAGCCCACCAGAUUCUGAUGGGCGAGAAUGGCUUUGUCUUACCUGUCAGGUACAGAGAGCUCAAGGAGCCUCUGAACCACCGGGACCUUCCAUUAAAAAGCCCACGCCCAACAAAGUUCCUGCUGCUCAAAACCAGACACCGUCUCCUCCUGCACCUGUCAAAAAAGAGACGUCAGCGCCAGGUUCACCUCAGAAAAUGCAGUCAACAUCGGCAAAAGUGCCAGUCAAAGGCGAAGCUGCCAAAGGACCAGAAAGUAAAAAACAGGCCAGCCCAGCUUCUGUUCAGAAAAUGACACCUGAGACCCAGAGGACAUCAGGGCCUCAAAAACCAGACCAGACUAGUCAAACUGGACGCAAGCAAAGCAGUGCACACCAGGAGUCAGGAGGUUUGUUUGGCUUCGGUGGUGCUAAAACUGAAGCUGCAAAGCCCGAAGAGUCAGUGACUGGGAAGAUGUUUGGCUUUGGUUCCUCCAUUUUCAGUUCUGCAUCUACUUUGAUCGCCUCAGCUGUUCAGGAUGAGCCGAAAACAACACCACCACUUUCACCCAAAAUGCAGGCUACAAAGGAGACCAAACCAGCACCAGCUGUUCAAAAGCCUGUGCAAGACAAGAAACAAGAGCAGCCCCAGCUGGCAAAGACUAAUCUAGCAGGACAGGUCAAGGUGGACAAAGCUCCAUCGGAGUCUCCAAAGGCAGCAGCAGCUUCCCAUAAUGUUCCCAAAGGAGGUCAAUCCACAUGUCCACUGUGCAAGGUGGUGCUCAAUAUGGGCUCGAAGGAUCCUCCCAACUACAACACCUGCACUGACUGCAAAAGCAUUGUCUGCAACCAAUGUGGAUUUAACCCCAUGCCAAAUGUCAAUGAGGGAAAAGAGUGGCUCUGCCUGAACUGUCAGGUGAAACGAGCUGUCAGUGGAGUUGAACCUCAGAAAGACACAUCAGCCAAUGCACUACAAAAGACAUCUGCACCAGGCUCUCCUCAGAGGAAAGUAUCCACACCUAAAGGACCAGACAGUCAUAAACCGGCCAGCCCAGCUCCUGGUCAAAAAACUGGUCCACAAAAACAACCCGACCAGACAAGCCAAACUGCACAAAAGCAGGGAAAUGCCCCUGCAGCUCCAAAGCAGGAGUCAGGAGGGUUCUUUGGUUUUGGCGGUCCUAAAAGUCAGCCUGAUGAUGCAAAGCCUGCAGUGGCUGGGAAGAUGUUCGGUUUUGGUUCCUCCCUCUUAAGCUCUGCAUCUUCUUUGAUCACAUCAACUGCUCAGGAUGAGCCCAAGGCUACACCACCGCUUUCUCCCAAAAUGCCUGCUGCAAAGGACCCCAUAUCCCCCACUGCCAAGAAACCAGAACAGGAGAAGAAACCAGAGCAACCCCAGCAGGCCAAGGGUCCUCCAUCUGAGCCGCCAAAGAAAGCAUCAGCCCCUCCAGUUGUUUCCAAAGCAAGCCAGUCUAGUUGUCCUCUCUGUAAACUGGAGCUCAAUGUGGGCUCUAAAGAUCCUCCCAACUACAACACAUGUACUCAAUGCAAAAACACUGUCUGUAACCAAUGUGGAUUUAACCCCAUGCCAAAUGUUAAAGAGGUGAAGGAGUGGUUAUGUCUCAACUGCCAGAUGCAGAGAGCUCUGGGAGCAUCUGAACCUCCAGGAACUCCCAUGAUGAAGGCAUCACCGAAUAAAACCCCAGCACCUGCCAAUGCCAUAAAUAAGGAAACCCCCCCUCUAGAUAAAUCUCAAAAGAAAGACGUUCAAAAACCUGCCGAAUCUAAAAUUAAGGAGACCUCUGCACCAGGCUCCCCUCAGAGGAAACCAUUAACACCAGCAGGGCAGCCAGCAAAGGCUGAGGUCCCGAAAGGACCAGAAAGUCAGAAACAGGUCAGCCCAGCUCCUGGUCAGAAAACUCCACAGGAGAGCCGGAAGACAGGUCCUCAGAAACCACCAGACCAGACAAGCCAAACUGGACGUAAGCAGAGUAAUACUACCUCAACUACACAAGAGGAUUCUGGAGGGUUCUUUGGAUUUGGUGGUUCUAAACCUCAAUCAGAAGCCGCAAAGCCUGCUGAAUCCCUGGGUGGAAAAAUGUUUGGCUUUGGUUCCUCCAUCUUCAGUUCUGCAUCCACUUUGAUAAACACAGCUGUGCAAGAUGAUUCCAAAACGACACCCCCAGUUUCUCCCAAGAUGCCUGCCGCAAAGCCACCCAAAUCACCUCUUUCACAAAAACAAGAGCAAGAGAAGAAACUAGAGCCCAAGACCUCUCCAUCACAUCAAGCCAAAGCAGAAAAAGCUCCAUCAAAGCCUCCAGAGGAUGCAGCUGCAUCCCCAGCUGUUCGAAAAGCAGGCCAGUCCAACUGUCCGCUCUGCAAGGUGGAACUCAACUUUGGCUCCAAGGAACCUCCCAACUACAACACCUGCACACAGUGCAAGAACACUGUCUGUAACCAAUGUGGAUUCAAUCCAAUGCCAAACGAAUCAGAGGUAAAAGAAUGGCUAUGCCUGAACUGUCAGAUGCAGAGAGCUCUUAGUGCAUCUGAACUCACAGGACCUCCUAUGAAACCUCAAAAUGCAGCCAGCAAAAUGUCUCCUGUACAUCAGAAGAUAACAGGACCUAAUCAAGUGGAAACUCAAAAGAAGGAGUUAUCUAAAUCUGAUGCUCCUUCAAAGAUGGAGACUCCAGUGCCUAAUGCAGUUGAAAAGAAAGGGAGUCCCACACCUGGUUCUCCUCAGAAGACACAGGCUGCAGCAGCAACACAGGCAACUAAGGCUGCUAAAGGACCCGAGCAUGACCCCAAGGCUACCCCAUCUCCUGGUCAGAAAACUCCUCUGGAUGUCCAGCGGGCACCGGGUUCUCAGAAACCACCUGAUCAGGCAAGUCUGCUAAAACAGAGUAAGGUCACUCCAGACACAAAGCAGUCAGGAAACCUGUUUGGCUUGAGUGGUCCAAAAGCAGCGCCUGAUGCUUCAAAAACAACAGACUCCAUGACUGGAAAGAUGUUUGGCUUUGGCUCCUCCAUUUUCAGCUCAGCAUCCACUUUGAUAUCAUCCGCUGUGCAAGAAGAAUCACGCACUACACCACCAGGCUCUCGCAAGAUGUCUGCACCAGCACAAGUAUCUCCCAAGAUGUCUCCUGUUCUCAAGAUUUCUCCAAAAAGUACGCCUACUGUUUCUCCCAAAAUGUCACCAGCAAGAGAGCCCAAAACUCUUGCUCAGAAACCAGAGCCACAGAAGAAACCAGAAGAAUCCCACCAGAGUAAAGAGGACAAAGCUCCAUUACAGCCUGCUAAGGCAGCACCAGUGUCCCAAACAACUCCUAAUGCAAGCCAGGCCACCUGUCCUCUGUGUAAGGUAGAGCUUAACAUCGGCUCCAAGGACGUUCCAAACCAUAACACCUGCACGGAGUGCAAGACCGCUGUCUGUACCCAAUGUGGAUUUACCCCAAUGCCUGUGGGAGAGGUAAAGGAGUGGCUAUGUCUUAACUGCCAAAUGAAAAGAGCAGUUGGAGCAUCUGAGCCACCGGGGCCUCCCUCAUUGAAGUCCCAAACAUCACCGAGUAAAGUUCCUUCACCUGCUGCAGGCCAGUUGAAGGAUUCCUCCAAACAACCUACGCCUCAGAAGAAGGACAGUGCAGGCCCUGCUGUACAAAAGGAGACCCCUGAAGUAGCCUCACCACAGAGAAAACAGUCUACACCAUCAGUGCAAUCCGGCAAACCUGAAGCUGCUACUGUACCAUCGAAACAGGCCAGCCCAGGACCUGAUCAUAAAACACCACAGGAAAUACAGAAGACAGGCCCCAAGAAGCCACCAGAUCAGGCAAGCCAACCUGGAGAAAAGCAACCCAAUGCUGCAAAGCCUGCAGAGACCGUAACAAAUAAGCAAGGUGAACGUAAGCAGAGCAAUGCCGCAGCAGCAACACAGCAACAGUCAGGAGGCUUCUUUGGUUUUGGUGGUGGUAAAACUCAACCUGAUGCUGCUAAACCAGCAGAGUCUGCAGCUGGGAAAAUGUUUGGCUUUGGUUCUUCCAUCUUCAAUUCUGCUUCUACUUUGAUAACUUCAGCUGUUCAGGAUCAGCCCAAGACUCCACCUGUUUCCCCCAAGAUGUCUCCUGCAAAAAUGGUCAAGACCCCAAGUACCCAGAAGCUGGAGCAGCAGAAGAAAACUGACCCAUCCCAGCAGACCAAGACACCUCCACCAGGACAGGCCAAAGUCCCAUCAGAGCCUCCAAAGUCUGCAGCAGCUUCCCAAGCCACUGUCAAACCAGGCCAGUCUACCUGUCUGCUCUGUAAGGUCGAACUAAACGUUGGGUCCAAGGAUCCACCGAACUACAAUACCUGCACAGAAUGCAAGAACACUGUCUGUAACCAGUGUGGAUUCAACCCCAUGCCAAAUGAAACAGCGGUGAAGGAGUGGCUGUGUCUCACCUGCCAGAUGCAGAGAGCUCUAGGAGAAACACAGCCCCAAAGAGUCCCUUCUGUCAACUCUCAGUUACCUUCAAAGCCCCAAAAGAAGGACAUCAUCAGCCCUGCUGAACCUGAGAAGAAAGAUUCACCUCAGAGGAAACCAUCUGUUACACCUCAGCCAGCUACAGCUGAAGCUGCUAUUAAGCCAGAGGGUCAAAAACAACCCAGCCCAGUUCCUUCUCAGAGGAAGCCGCAGGAGCCCCAGAAAUCACCGACUCCAAUGAAAUCACCAGACCAGACAAGGCAAGGCGAACGUAAGCAGAGUAAUGCCGCAGCAGCGACACAGCAACAGUCAGGAGGCCUCUUUGGUUUUGGUGGUGGUAAAACUCAACCCGAUGUUGCUAAACCGGCAGAGACUGCAGCGGGGAAAAUGUUUGGCUUUGGUUCUUCCAUCUUCAGUUCUGCUUCUACUUUGAUAACCUCAGCUGUUCAGGACCAGCCCAAGACUACACCACCUCUUUCCCCCAAAAUGUCUCCUGCAAAAGAGAUUAAGUCCCCAAGUGCCCAGAAGAAAGAACUACAGACAAAGGAAGAACAACCUCAGCAAACCAAGGCACCUCCAGCAGUACAAACUAAAGUGGACAAAGCUCCAUCAGAGCCUCCAAAGGCUGCAGCAGCAUCCCAAGCCACUGUCAAACCAGGCCAGUCUACCUGUCCACUCUGUAAGGUGGAACUCAACAUGGGGUCCAAGGAUCCGCCGAACUUCAAUACCUGCACCGAAUGCAAGAAUACUGUCUGCAACCAGUGUGGAUUUAACCCCAUGCCAAAUGUGUCAGAAAUGAAGGAGUGGCUGUGUCUGACAUGUCAGAUGCAAAGAGCGCUCAAAGCAGCCGAAUCAGUGGAGCCUCCAAUGAUGAAACCCCAAGCAACACCCAACAAAGAGCCCACACCUGCUGCUGCCCAGAAAGACGCCACUGCCAAUCAAAAGAAAGACAUUGUUUCUACACAAAAAGCAGAAGUGCCAGAAAAAGAUCAAAGGGACAGGCCAACACCAGGUGCACCACCAAAGAAAGAGGAAACUAAACCCUCAUCUCAAACGGACAUAACCAAAACAUCAACCACUGCCUUACCACCUGCAAAAGAGAUCCCAGGUACUGUUCCAGCCCCAACAAAAGAGGAGAAAACUGUUUCAGCACCUACCAAGGAGGUUCCAAUCCCCACUGCACCUCCUGUUAAAGAGACCACAGCUGUAGUUUCGGACCUGAGUAAACCACUGCCUGCUCAAGCUCCUCCUGUCAACACUGACAUUAAAACUCCUCCCCAAAAGAAAAAGGAUAUCACUCCACCAGGUUCUCCUGCACCUAAAAUAGCAGAAAAGAAAGAAGAGAACGUAGAAAUAGUUAAGAAAUCAGAUGAUCAACCAGUCAAAUCCUCUGAUGGAGCACAGCCCCCUAAAUCUCCAAACAAAGAAUCAAACUCUGUCGAAGCAUCCCCUGCCAAAUCUGCUCCUCCAGCAGCAAAACAAACAAAUCAGGAAUCAGGAGGUUUCUUCAGCUUUGGUAGUCCUAAAACCCAGCGCGCCGCCUCAACGACUGAAGCUGUGACUGGAAAGAUGAUGGGAUUUGGUUCAUCCCUCUUCAGCUCAGCAUCCACCUUGAUUUCAUCUGCAGUCAAGGAAGAGUCCCGCACAACACCGCCGAGUUCUCGCAAAAUGUCUGCCCCAGCACAAGUCUCUGGCAAAAUGUCAGCAUCUCCAAAGUCCAGCCCCCCAGUUUCUCCAAGGAUGACUACAACAAAGGAGACCAAACCGCCUGUUGCCCAGAAACCGUCUGCAGAGGAGAUACCAGAACAACCUCAGCCGGCCAAGGCUCCUUCAUCGGAACAGGCCAAAGUGGACAAAGGUCCAUCAGAGCCUGCAAAACCAGAAGCUGCCCAAGCUGCUCCCAAAUUGGGCCAGUCUACCUGUCCACUUUGUAAGGCCAACCUCAACAUGGGCUCCAAAGAUCCUCCCAACUAUAACACCUGCACAGAGUGUAAAACAGCGGUGUGCAUCAAAUGUGGAUUUAGUCCUAUGCCAAGUUUAACAGAGGCAAAGGAAUGGCUGUGUCUCAGCUGCCAGAUGCAGAGAGCACUUGGAGCUUCUGAACCUCUUGGCCUUCCCAUGAUAAAACCCCAACCUGCCCCAAGCAAAGAGGUCCCUGCCACUACACAGAAGAAAGAGACCCCAAAACCAACUUCUCAGGAAGACGUCCCUAAACCAGCCCCACCCAAAAAUGAGGUUGUUGAUGUUGCCACAACCAAAGAAACUGAAUCCCAGGCCCUUGGUGCACCAACAAAGAAAGUUACCCCUGCAGCUGCUUCAUUGCCUGACAAAACGGUUCCAUCUGCGACCACAAGCACUGAUGUUUCACCAGCUUCACCCAAGCCUUCUGGAGAGACACCCAACGGUCAACCUAAUACAGCCCAGCAACAGCCUCCAAAAGCUGUGACUUCAACUGUUAAAUCUGCUCCUCCACCAGGUCCAGAGGUAGCGAAGCCAACCCCACAACAGCCUCCAAAAACUGAGACUCCGACUGCUAAGUCUGCUUCUCCACCAGGUCCAGAGGUAGCGAAGCCAACCCCACAACAGCCUCCAAAAACUGAAACUCCAACUGCAAAGUCUACUCCUCCGCCAGGUCCAGAGACAAGAAAGCCAACCCCACAGCAACCUCCAAAAGCUGGGACCUCUCCAGCCAAAUCUGUGCCACCACCAGCUCAGCCUGAAAAACAGGCAUCAGGGGGCUUAUUUGGCUUUGGUGGUCCUAAAACACAGCCAACGGCAACAAAGCCUGCUGAGUCAGUAACUGGGAAGAUGUUUGGCUUUGGUUCAUCUUUCUUAAGCUCUGCAUCCACUUUGAUAACCUCAGCUGUCCAGGACGAACCAAAAACUACACCUCCAACUCCCCGUAAGAUGUCCACAACAACCAGUGUCUCUCCUAGAACAACACCACCAGCCUCUCCUAAAACUGUACCUGCGAAGGACACCAAGCCACCUGCUGCACAGAAAACAGAGGAAAAGAAACCAGAUAAACCACAGCAGGAAAAGACUCCUCCAGCAGUACAAGCCAAAGUGGACAAAGCUCCUUCAGAGACCCCCAAGGCACCAACAGACACCCAAGGUGCUCCAAAAGCGGUUUCAUCCAUCUGUCCACUUUGUAAGGCCAACCUCAACAUGGGCUCCAAAGAUCCUCCCAACUACAACACUUGCACAGAGUGCAAGACUAUUGUGUGCAACCAAUGUGGAUUUAAUACAAUGCCAAUGGAGACAGAGGUAAAGGAAUGGCUCUGUCUGAACUGCCAGAUGCAGAGAGCCCUUGGAGCAUCUGAGCCCACUGGACGUCCUGUAGUGAAGCCACAGCCCUUACAGAGCAAGGCUGUUGUUCCUCCUGGCUCUGAACAGAAGGAUAUACCGACAUUAGUCCAGAAGGAGUCUGCAGAAUCUACAGCAGUCAAAAAAGAGGUCACUCAAGCACCUUCUCAGAAAAAGGAAACGCCUAAAGCUGAGGGUCCGGUGCCGACUGCAGUCCAAAGGACAGAGACACCACGACGAGGUUCUGCGCAAAAGACACCAGUCCCUCCGGGUGCUGAAAAAGGACGAGACCAGGAUGUGUCUGGCCAGCCACAGCCUGUUGGAAAACCCCCACAAGUGCAGCCUUCUCAAACUACAAAGCCGGAGGUCAAGGCAGAUCUUCCGAAGCAAGAAGCUGGGAAGCCACCACAGCAGCCCUCAAAAUCUGCAACCCCUCCUGCCAAAUCUGCACCACCACCAGCACAGCCUGCUAAACAAGAGUCAGGGGGCUUCUUUGGCUUUGGGGCUCCUAAAGUGCAGCCUGCUGCUGCAAAGCCUGCGGAGUCAGUGACUGGAAAGAUGUUUGGCUUUGGUUCCUCUAUCUUCAGCUCUGCAUCUACAUUGAUAACCUCAGCUGUCCAGGAUGAACCAAAAACACCACCUACCCAACGUAAGAUGUCAGCUACAGUCUCUCCCAAAGCUACACCUCCAGUUUCUCCUAAGAUGCCUCCUGCAAAGGAGACCAAACCACCUGCUGCACAGAAACCAGAGCCCCCUCAACAAGCCAAGCCCGCUCCAUCAGCACAGGCCGAAGUAGCCAAACCAGAGCCUUCAAAACCUACCGAAGUGACACAAGUUGCUCCUAAAGCAGAAGUGACAAAAGUUGCUCCUAAAACAGGCAUGUCCACCUGUCCACUCUGUAAGGUGGAACUCAACGUGGGCUCCAAGGAUCCUCCCAAUUACAACACCUGCACCGAAUGCAAGAACACCGUCUGCAACCUUUGUGGAUUUAACCCCAUGCCUCAUACAGGAGCGAAGGAAUGGCUGUGUCUCAACUGCCAGACUCAGAGGGCUUUGUCUGGACAGCUGGGAGACUCUGGAAAAGUUCCCCAGCCUUCACCUGUAUCUGCCAAACCAGAGAACCUGGCCACACCUGCAACCAAAAUGGCAGAGCCCAAAAUAUCCCCAACAAAGGCAGAGCCAUUACCUGCCAUCGCAAAAUCACAGCCCACACCUGCCCCUAUCAAGGCAGCACCAACCGAUCCAACUCAAAAGGCAAAGACGGAACCUACGUCUGUCAAAGUGGAAACCACUGCAACAGCAGUGUCUGCAAAAAUCGAGAUAGAGACUGCACGCGUACCUACAACAGCAAAGGUUUCACCGGUUACAGCAGAAAAACAGCCUAUAGUAGCAUCAACAGCAGAAGCCAUUAUGCCCGCUAUGGCCACUGUGCAACAGAGAGAAACACCACUAAAGACUGAAGUGUCAAGCACAGAUGUUUCAGAGACUACAACAGAGGAAAAUAAAGAAAAGGUAGUGAAAGUGGAGCCCAGUAAAACUGAAAUUCCCAAACCUGAGGAGUCUAAACCUGUCCUUCCAGAAGUCAAAGCUGAGGCAGGAGUAGCUGCAGCUUCUCCUUUGCCAGUGACUGAAGCCAAAGUUGUUCCCACCUCCCCUAUUGCUGCAGAGGUUGCUAAGGCUGGAACUGUUUCUGGGCCUGAAACGAGGCCAGAAUUGUCUGCUGCAGAGAAUAUUAUUAAGGAAGUGCAGCCUGAUGAUCAUAUCAAACUCACAGAGCCAACCAAACCUUUGCAGCAAGUUGAGGGGCAACCAAAGUCACAAGAACCACAGCUGGUAUCGGAAGUAGAACCAGUCCUGGCAGUUGACAGCGAGGAAGUGGCUGAUAAGUUGGUUGAAAAGAUUGAUGUUACUUCGACUCCAGAGAUAGAACCAGUAUCUACAAAGAACAUCACCAUAAAAGCGCAAGAUGAAAUCAAAGAAGAGCCAAUGAAAGAGAGGAGGAUCUCCCUAACUACUGGGCAGGCUAAACUGGACAACACAGUUAUCACUGUGACAGCCAAAAAUCUUGAAUCCAAAGCAGAAAAGCUUGAUGAAGAUCAACCCCAGAUUUUACCCAUAUCACAGGAAUUGAAGGAUGGGCAGGUGGUUAGUGAUACAUCCGUUCCAGUAACAGAGAAGGUUAAGGCUGAGAGAAGGCGCCUAAGUUUCCAGGUGAUGGAUGAGAGCAGUGAAAGUGAGCUCACACCCUCACCCAAAGUCCAGAGGAGACGACUGAAGGUCAGCAAUCUUUCAUCCAGCAGUGAGGACAUUAAAACUGAAAGUGCUGACUCUUCUUUGGAAGAUGAAGAAUUCAUCCGCAAGCAGAUAAUGGGAAUGGGUGAUGAAGAAGAAAUGUCUCUUUCAGAGGAUGAAAAAGAAAAUAAUUUGGCAGAUGAGGACGCUAACAAAGAGAUUGAGCUUGAUAAUGCUCCAGUGACAGCUGAAUCACUGUCUAGAAAAAGUAGCACAGAGAAUGAAGAGAGCCCAGCCAGGAAAAAAGCCCUUCCAAAAACUGAUACUACAACUACUCAAGAUGUUCCUGAAACAAUGCCCAGCAGUACUUUCAAGAAAGCUACUCCAGCUAUGAGACAGAGACAAAGCACUGAUGAAGAAGUAGAGAGUAUCACAGAAUCUUUAUCAAAGGGAUCGUCUAGUGUUCAGGUAUCUAGCUUUACCCCAGGAUCUUCCCCCACAUCAGCCUCAUCUCUGGAGGAGGACAGUGAUAGCAGCCCCAGUCACAGGAAACUCAGUGGUGAUAAACAGCAUCGUAAAGGUAGGCACAGGCAGCCAACCCAGCCUCUUCCCACUAUUGAGGACUCCUCUGAGGAAGAAAAGAUGAGGGCGGAAGAUAAGUCAUGGAAAGACAAAGAUGAACGCAGAGGCCAUGGCCAACCACUGUCUCCAAGUGAAGAUGUUUCUUCCACAGAGAAUUUGAGACAGGCGAUGACUGAAACCGAUAGAACAUCUGGCUCUGAGCACUCUGUCGCUAUAGAAUCAGAAUCAGAGGCUAGGCGAGCUCUACAGAGAGGACGCAAGCCUUCGGUAACAGUGAUACCUUACACUUAUUCUGAUCCAUUUAAAGAGAAGGAUGCUGUGACAAAAUCGUUGAAGAGUGCUGAAGAAGCAUAUGAGGAAAUUAUUCAGAAGACAAAAGCCAUUCCAGGGGAGAGUCCCCCUGAUAUUGAGCCUCUCUAUGGAGGAAUGCCAAUAGAGGACUAUCUUUAUGAAUCCUUGGUUGAGGAGCCUGAAAUCAUGAUAGGUGAACCUCAAGAGAAGGAACUCAAGCAGGACACUAGCUUGGAGAGUCUCAAAAAACUCAGGUCUCCUGAGGAGGUUUAUGAAGAGAUGAUGCAGAAAAAGAGAGAGCUGAUGAUGAUAGAGCAAGAGUUUCAACAGGCCCAGACUGCUAUGGAAUCUUCUUUAUCAGGAGCUCCAGUCACUGAGCCUCCCACAGUUGCUGAAACCUGUGUGGUGACCAUACCCACGGAGGAGAGACCCCUUACUGAGCAAACUGACAUGUCUCUUACAGGCACUGAAACUCUUAGUGAGGUGCCAGUGAAGAAAAAGAAAAGGCCAGCUCCACCACGCCCCUCUGAACCCCCUAAGCGCUCAGAGGGGACUGUUGUUCCUAGCAGUACUACUGGAUCUAUAGGAUUUGUUAGGCCUAUGGUUCCUCAAGAUCCUGCACUCAGAAAGGCAUUGUUUCCCAUACCAGACCUGAAGAUUACCCAGUGUUCAUCUGGAGAGGAAGAGGAUGACAGUCUUGCAGAUGAGUAUGGUGUUGGUAUUUCCUCUGAUAUUACCCCAAGUGAUGACUCUGACACUAAAGAUCCAUCCAUAAGCCCACCUUUGUCUGAAACCGCAGAGAUGGAGCCUAUCUGCGUUGUCUGUGAAAUUCCAGAGCCAAAACCUAUUCCAACUCCGAUAUCAGCUCCAGAAUUAACCUCUACACCCUCCCCUGUAUCACCAGUGUCACCUCCAACUUCGCCAGCCACUCCAGAUUCCAGUUUGGCCUCUAAUGCUACAUCUUCUUCCUCAUUCCAAGCUCAAACACCUCUUUCAGCAGACUCAACUCCACUGUCUACACCAACACCUCCAACUUCAUAUGCAACCCAGACACCUCCAGAGAUCUCACCGCCAUCACCGCCAUCACCGCCAUCACCGCCAUCACCUGCUACAGUUGCAGCAGUACCCUACAGUGGGGGAUCAGUCUCUCACCCUGCUCCAACCACAGUUAUAGUUACAAUACCAGAUGUGGUGUCUGAUCCUCCCAAAGCUCAAACCACUGCAGUGACUCCAGUUAAAGCUUCAGUUGAAGCUUCAACUCCAGCCCUAAGUGGGAUCUCUACUCCUGUGCCUGUUGUGGUUCAAAUGCCAGACUUGGUUUCAUCUCCAUCCCAGGUGCCUGUUGAGGUUCCAGCUGUCAUACAGGUCUCAUCGCAGAGCCCAACACCUGCUGUUGUCUCAGCUCAACCUGCAACUGUAGUUACAGCUACAUCUGUUGCAAUCUCCACUCCAGCCUCAGCCCAUGCUGUUUCUAUUUCUGUCACCCAGGCCUCAGGCCCUGAGCCAGUCAUAGUCCAGAUGCCUGACCUGGUUUCAACAACAUCUUCAAUGUCUGCACAACCACUACCAUUUUCGGCAAUCGUAACUACCCCAGCUCAAGCCCAAGCUAAAGUGGUGCCCUCAGUUCCUGUACAAGCAGCAGUCCCAUCAGUGAGCCCAGUAGUGAUGCCAGCCCAAACAGCACCGGUGCCUCCUCCAGCCUCAACUACCAUAAUCAAAAAGAAGGUACCACCCCCUCCUCCCCCUCGGUCCACCUCAGUGUCGUUACCUGAGCCUAAUGCAGAGUUGCCACCAAGGACUGUACAGCAUGUCACCCCUACUAUGACCCCCACCGUACCCAGGGGAACCACUGUGGCUGGUCAGCCGAUGCAGUCCAUAGUUGUGGAUAUACAGCCAAGAAUGGAAGACAUGCAACCAGAUAAUGUGGCUGUACCUCAAGUGGUGACCCCAACCAGACAAGGGCAUGUGGUCAUCAUAGUGCCAAGUUUGGAAAACAUGUCUCUGCAUGGACAAAUCCCACAAGAUGUAGCUAGCACACGGUCAAUAGCUUCCACUACUUCUUUGCCAGAAAGUGGCCCAAUAGCUUCAGAUAUACCCAGCACAGAUACAACUUCACUACCAGCUAAAGUGUCAGUUGUGCCAAUAGCUUCUGCUCCACCACUUCCACCUAAACCUAUGGCAGGGACAAAGGUUGUAGACACAGUAGAAAUACCUGUAGCAGAUACACCCCCACCGCCUCCUACAACUUCACCAAAGCCCACAGUUCAUCCAAAGCCACAGGUUCCCAUUGCAGCGACUACUACAGUAGCACAAGUUGCUGAUACAACAUCUGGCCCUAGUCAAACUGCCAAGCCUCCUCCACCCAUACCACCAAAGCCUGUAUCAAUACCAGCUGGACUGGUUUUCAGCCACAAGCCAGGAGAGAGUGUUAAACCUCCCCCCCCUCAUGUGACCCACAAAGCUGCAACACUACCCAGGACCAAAGAACCUCCAAAUGCUCUGUCACUUAGUCUGACACGACCUGUGGAAUCUAAGUUGAGCGCAACAUCUCCAAAGUCACCUGUGUCGCCUAAACAUGCCAAAUGUUUGCAAACCUAUGUGGUGAUAACCCUUCCAUCUGAGCCUGGCUCACCAACAGAGAGCAUCACAGUCCAAGCACCCGUAAGACGAGGUUCCAUCCCAGCUACAAAAGUGUCAGGGGUGCGAACCACACCCUUAGAGCAGAAAACACCUACUGAUGCAUUCUCAGCACAGGCUACAGUUAGAAGAGCCUCUGUCCCCACUGUAAGGCAUCCACCUCCAAUAGCCAUAGCUCCAACUGUGGCAGUAGAGCAAGUGACACCCCCUGAAGUAGUGGCUGCUAAAGUGCAAGUCAGGGAAGACUCUGUGCCUUCUGUAGUGCCACCACCACCACCACCACCUGUGGCUGAUGUUUCGACAGUGUCAUCAGAUCAAGAAACAUUUAUUCAGGUACAUAGUGUACCUCCUCCAAUUAAGAAACCAUAUGUGCAACAGCAACAACCAAUUACUCAGCCACUGCCAACACCUGAAACAGUGUCUGAGGUCAUCACAAUGCCCCCAGAGCCAGAGGUUCGUAUCCAACCACUAAUAGUGCAAGCCACAGCAAGAGCCCCAUCUAUUCCACCUACUCAACCUCCAAACACUGUCACAGAGGUCAUAACAGUUCCAUCAGAGGUUUCAGCAGAAGCACUAGUUCCUCAGGUCCCAAUACAAAUGAUACCUGUGCAGCUACAGCCUCUGACAGAUGUUGCUGUACCAGUGCAGCCAGAGGUACCCUUAGAUGCACUGGUUCCCCAAGAUAGACCAGCUGAAGUGCCCUCAAUUGCUUUUUAUCCACAAGUUGCAACUCAAGUAGAAAUUCUACAGAAAGAACAGGAUAUGCCUAUUCAUGUCAUGGUCACAGAGACAGCUAUGGUGAGAUCACCAAUACCAGGAGUGAGUCAGCAAAUUCCUGCUCAACAGCAACUUAUGGGAGUGGAAGCGGUGGCUCACUCUGCAGAACUCCCAUCAGUACCACAAACUGUUCAGCCCUUAGUGACAGAGCAGCAACCACCUCCGAUAGCUGAAGUGCUGACAUUUCUUACAAAGUCCGAAUUACCAACAGAGGUUAUUACAACUGACCCUGCUGUUAGAAUGCCAGGAGUGGCAACAGUAUCUCCAGUGCCUCAUUCUGUACCUCUCCUUGCUGAAGUUACCCAGACACCAGAAGUACCGAAGUUAAUGCCAACAGCAGUUGCUGAGAUAACUCCCACAGUUAGUAAAGGGACACCAUCACCCCUUGUCAUGGAAGUCCAACCAAUGGCAGUACAGCCAGAUAGUACUUAUAUUCCACAAGUCUAUGGAGCAAUGACAUCCUCAGUCAUGCUACAUUCAACACCACCACUGGAAGUAAUAUCAUUGCAGCCUGAACGUGAGACACCCACAGAGAUUACAGCGAGGGAUGUUGAUAUAAGAGCUUCAAUACCAUCAUCAGUGUUCCAGCCCGAGGCAGUGGCUGGGAUGCCAGUUGGAGUUAUUUCAACUGAGGAAACCACCAGCAGGAGGAGGACAUCCGUAACAUCAAUAGUACAGCCAACAUAUGCUGCAAUUGAGACAUUUACUUAUCCCACAGAAUAUGAAAUCCCCACACAGGUGGUUACAACUGAGGCUUUUGCUACCACCAGAAGGGAAUCAAUAACCAUGCAGCAAUCAUUACCAAUGGCACACGUAGUACACAUGCCAGCUGAAAAAGACGUUCCUAUUGAUGGUUAUACUGUUCAAGACCCCUACAGGAGAGGAUCUGUUCAUUCAACAGAACAAAGACCACAGGUAUUAACUUAUUCUUCAGAAUAUGAUCACCCUCUGGAGAUAAUAACCACUGAGGCAUACACCAGGAGAACCUCAAUACCUACUGCACAGGAUAUUCCACAGGGUGUAUCUGGGGCUCCAGUCACCAUUACUAAAAUUCAGCAAGAGUCUAUUGAGAGCCAAGAGAUUCGAGGACCAGAAAAGGUGGUCUCUAGUAUGAGUCACAUGUAUUCUUCUUCAAUUUCCACUUCUGGUCAGCCCCCUGAAAGCCUGCCUAGCCUGGUCACUCAGGUGGUUACCACUGAGGUCCAGAGGACCACUGUUUCUGUUGUUCAUGAAAGACUUCCACAAGUCCCUCAGCCAAGUGUAGCAAUCACUAUACAGCCAGAUGUGGCUAAAGUCCAACCUCUGCCGAAACAGAAUGGAAAAAUAAUCUACCCUGGUGAUGUUAUCGAUUUACGUACCAUGAAGGUUGGUGUAAAGAUGACCGAACAAGGCAUGGACCUGACACCACCUGAGUCAUGUCGUCAGUCUUUUUCAAGUGACUCCAGUGGGCGUCAAAUCACAGCAGUACAGCCUGAGAUAGUAAAUCUUAGUGCAGAGAUCACUCCUGCAACCACACUGUCUGUGGUCACUGACAGCAUCACAAUAGUAACAUGCACAGCCACCAUUGCCUCCUAUAAUGCCACACAAGCAGAAAAACCACUUGAUUUGCAGGGCCCUGUUACAUCAUUGCCUCUGGCUCUCACUACAUACAAACCCUUUGAACCGCUUGCUCAGAUUGUAUACAGACCUGUGAAUUCCCAGCCACCAGUCUGCGCUGUAGCAUCUACAGCUCAAGACAUACCCAUUAAUCUUUCCUUUGGAGCUCUGGUCGCUGCAGGAGGCAAACAUCCAAUGACUUCUCCAACAGCUAUCAGCAAUGGAGGCCCUGUCCUUUCUCUAGAGGCCACAGGUGCCAUGGAUCUCUCAAACUACAGACCAAUGAGAGCUAUGGUAGCUUUGUCUGACACAAGCCCUGGAGUGGUGACCACUGUUGUAGAGGAUGAUGGGACUCCAGUGGACCUUACAGCCGGCAGGAGGAGUGUGUGCUGUGAUGUCAUUUACAAGCUACCAUUUACAGGAAGCUGCAGAACACAGCCCCCAGUUACAACCCAGCCUGACAACCGUUUUGGCUAUAGAGAUGACCACUAUCAAUAUGAUAAUGCUGGACUGUAUGGUAUUAAAGGCAUGAACGGUAUCAAAGCUUCAAUGUCUGAGACCAACCUGACAGAGGCAGGAGUGUUCUCCUAUGAGCCCAAGAACGGCUAUGACUAUCUCAGUGGAUCUUCAGAUGGCGCUAUAGACCUCACUGCUGCCAAACUGUCUGCUGGUAAAGCUCUAGACUACACUAGCAAAGCUACUGGAGUCUACCCUGGGAUGACCACUGCACCAUACUCCCAGGUUCCUGCAGCUGGGUUUGGUGUAUCUGGUGUUCUAAGAACCUCAGAUGGAAUAGUUUACUCCUCUGUUGCUGCCCCGGUUCCAUCCACAUAUGCAAUAACAACUCAGCCAGGCUCCAUCUUUAGCACCACCUUAACACCUACAUCAACAGUGCAGAACCAGUCAAUGCCACAUCCGUAUGGCUUCAUUCCCAGUACAGACCCAGGACAGAUAAUUCCUUUUGACACAGGGAUACCUAAGGAGCUUCUGCCCACAGCUUUGGCUGACAUAAUUACAGGCUACCCGGACAUGUACUCCGACACCACUCUGGAAGCAAUUGCUGCCUCUCUGGAUGCCUUAGCCUCCUCCCCAAUAUUCCCCGGCCUAGACAACACCAAGAUGGCCCAGUAUCAGAUGGAGAGGGAGUUCCUAGAGCUAGAGAAGCUUAAGCAGCUAUGUCUCGCUGAGGAGCUGGAGUGGGAGAGGCAGGAGAUCCAGCGUUACCGUGAACAGGAGCAGCUCAUGGUCCAAAGGGAGCUUGAGGAACUUCAGGCUCUUAAACAGCAGCUUCUAUUGCAGCAAGAGGAAGAGCAUCACGCCCACAUGGUGGCCCAGCAGGAGACAUAUGCCCAGCAAAAAGAGCAGUUGCAGCAAAUUCAACAACUCCAAUUGCAACUCCAGCGCCAGCUUGACGAGCACUAUGGUAGCACUGGCACCACAGGGAACAUCCUAGAUGCUAAAUAUGCAGGAGUAGGGGACAGUGGUCAGUACUGGCCUGUCAAAGAUGAGUCUACAACUCCAACUAUUGGGACACAUUUAGAGGAAAGUCAGGACCAGCUUAAUUUAGUAAAGAGGCUUCAAGCUGAUCAGGACACAGGGAAGAAAAUAAUUGAUAGUGGGGUGCAGACAGAUGAUGAAGACUCAGCAGAGAAACAGCAAGUAGGAAGGAGAAAGAAGAGUAAGAGAAAUAGUGACAGCUCAGCACAAACUGAUGAUGAGGACCAAGAUGAAUGGGAUGCUCCCACAAAAGCUCGACGACGCUCUCGGAAACACAGCAGUGAUGGGAAACAUGGCUCCAAGGUCUCUAGCAUCGCUAUUCAGACAGUGGCAGAGAUAUCUGUUCAAACUGACCACUCUGGAACUAUAAAACGGCCGAAUGUCCAGAUGGAUACCAAGGUGGAAAUCAUCAAGCAUAUCUCAGCUCCAGAGAACUCUCAGAGGGGUGGCAGUCUCAGCUGUCAGACAGACUCAGACAGAAGGCACACACCCAUUGAGGUGGGUUACAGCACGCACCUAACAGCAGAUGCUCCCUCCAAGACUAAAGUCUUCUAUACCUCAGUCUCCCCCCUGUCCCCGGAAAAAUCAAUUGGAGGGCAACGAAUGCUAACUGCUGACCCAACCAGAUUUUCUUCUGGCCCUCGGAUAUUAAAGGCUGGUCAGAAGUCUCUGUCUGAUCCAAAAUCCCUUAGUCCUGCUGCCGAAGACAGGAUGGGUGGAUACUAUGCAGACAGCUAUUCUAGCCGAAGCUCCCCCUCUGGUACAGGUAAGAAGGUAAAGCGGACACUACCAGAUCCCCCUCCCGAGGACGACUCUCUGGCAGGACGGUCAGGCUACAGCACCAACUCUGCUCGUCGCCGUCUUGCCCGCAGUACAACAAUGGCUCGGGCAAAGAUCCUUCAGGACAUUGACAAGGAGCUUGAUCUGGUCGAGAGAGAAUCCUCUAAACUUCGCAAGAAACAAGCAGAGCUAGAUGAAGAGGAAAAGGAGAUUGACGCUAAGCUACGGUACCUGGAGAUGGGUAUCAACCGUCGUAAGGAGGCCUUGCUGAAGGAGAGAGAGAAGAGAGAGAGGGCCUAUCUCCAGGGGGUGGCGGAGGAAAGAGACUACAUGUCAGACAGCGAAGUUAGCAACAUCAGAGAGGCCAGGGGUGACGGCCUGGAGAGACCACGGACAGCUCCCCAGUCGGAGUUUGACCAGUUUAUCCCCCCUCAGACAGAAGCUGAUUCCCAGUAUAACACACUAACUAGUCCCUACUCUCACUAUGCCCAGUAUGUUCCCCAGACCCAAACCACCAGCCACUACACCCAACAGAACCUUUAUCAGCAGCCUUCCCUUUAUCACCAACAGGUGUCUCCUUACCCAACCUUGUCCCUCUCCCAUGCUCAGGCUCAGUCUAGCAGCUACCAACAUGCUCUGCUUUUGCAGCAAGGAAAGCAGAGGCAAACCACCCUGUCUGAUUUAGAGCCUAAGAUCACCACCAACUAUGAAGUAAUCCGCAACCAGCCUCUGCUGAUUGUGCCAACCUCUACAGAAAGUGGUUAUGGGGUUGCUCACCUGGGAGGCAAGUACGGCAGCUUGGACUUGAGACUAGGGCUAGAGGAAAGGAGCAUGGCCUCUAGUCCCAUGUCUAGCAUUUCUGCUGAUUCCUUUUAUGCCGAUAUUGACCACCACAAUGCCAGGAACUACGUGCUGAUAGAGGACAUUGGGGAGCUCACCAAGGCCUCAACAGGGCUGAGUAACACUGCCUUGAGUUCUGGAUUCAACAUGCCUGAUAAGGAGUUGUCCAAGGCAGACAGACUUCUCAGGGCCGCAGAAGUCAGGCGCACAGCAGAGGUGGCAGAAUUUCUAGGUUCAUCUCGACUUCAGGGUUAUGGUAAAGGAGAGGAUGACACUAUGGAGGAGCCAUAUGAGCUGAAGCUACUGAAGCAGCAGAUCAAGCAGGAGUUCAGGCGAGGAACUGAGGGACUAGAGCACUUAACGGGCUUGGGCCUGCCCCAGUAUCUCCCCAGUGAUGGCAGUUUUCGCCACUUUCCUAAAGGAGAGAAAUAUAGCAUCGGCAGACUCACCCUUGAAAAACAGGCUGCAAAGCAACUCCCAGCAGCUGUGCUUUACCAGAAACAGAUGAAGAACAAAAAGGCCCUAAUAGACCCAAAGGCCAUCACAAAAUUUUCCCCAAUACAGGAGAGUAGAGACCUGGAGCCUGACUUUGGGAGCUACAUGGGAUCCGGAGCCUCGUCUGUGACCAAUCUGGCUGCCACAGCUAGGUUGCUUCAGGAUGAGAUUACAUUUGGGCUAAGAAAGAACUUGUCUGAGCAGCAAAAAUAUUUGGGCUCCUCCCUGGGGGCCAACUUAGCUGGUUCUCUUAAUCUUGGGCAGUCCCUUGGACUCGGAUCUGCUAUCAGGGCUACUGCCCACGAUGAUGGCACCUACCCAAGUGGCACCCGUUCCCGCCCCUCAUCACGCCCCUCCUCCCGUCCUUCUUCUGUCUAUGGUUUGGAUUUAUCUAUCAAAAGGGACCUAUCCAGCUCCUCACUUAGACUUAAAACAGAAGGAGAGGUCCUGGAUGCAGCGUUUGCUCCUGGGGUGGCCAGAGCAAAGCCCACCAGUCUACCCAUCAGCCAAAGUCGGGGCCGCAUCCCCAUUGUGGCUCAGAACUCAGAGGAGGAAAGCCCUCUGAGCCCAGUGGGGCAGCCCAUGGGUAUGGCUAGAGCUUCAGCUGGACCUCUCCCUCCCAUCUCUGCUGACUCCAGGGACCAAUUUGGGUCCAGCCAUUCCCUGCCAGAGGUACAGCAACAUAUGAGGGAGGAAUCUCGGACGCGAGGCUAUGAUCGAGACAUCGCAUUCAUCAUGGAUGACUUGCAAGGCGCCAUGUCUGACAGCGAAGCCUAUCACUUGAGGAGAGAGGACACAGAUUGGUUUGAUAAGCCAAGAGAAGGGCAUCCACAGAGUGGAAACAUGUCAGCCAGGAAACAGAUGAAACUGGUUCCUUAUGCCUUCCCUCACACUCGCAUCAAGCUUAAGAGAGACCCAAAGGACACCAGUGUGUCAGGGAAUGGACUCGGGAUCCGUGUGGUAGGUGGGAAGGAGAUUCCGGGGAGCCGAGGAGAGAUUGGAGCGUACAUUGCCAAGGUCAUCCCUGGUGGUGUGGCAGAACAAACAGGGAAAGUUGUAGAAGGAAUGCAGGUGUUGGAGUGGAAUGGGAUCCCUUUGACAGGCAAGACUUAUGAAGAAGUGCAGUGCAUCAUGGGCCAGCCAUGUGCAGAGGCGGAGCUCUGUGUGAGACUCGACCUUAAUAUGCUGUCUGACCCUGAGCACCCACAAGCCCUGGAGCACCAUGUCCAGCUUAAGGCUGUAGGUGGGCAGCGUUCCCCUGGUGUUGAUCCUAAGCAGCUGGCUGCAGAACUGCAGAAGGUUUCCCAGCAGCUGGCUCCGGGUAUGGCUGGAACAGGACUUGGGCCUGGGGGUUUGGGGGUCCUCUCAGCACUGGAGCGCUCUGCUCUCCUCCACUCGGGACCUGGAUCGGCUGCCUCCAGUGGUGUGCCAAGCCCUGGCCAGCCUGCAUCCCCAGCCAUUAACAAGAAACAACGACACAAGCCAAUGGAGGUAAUGAGGACACCUCAUCCCAUCACUGGAGAAAUUCAGCUCCAGAUCAACUAUGACAGGAACCUGGGAAACCUGAUCGUCCACGUCCUGCAGGCUAGAAACCUGGCCCCGAGGGACAACGACAGCUACUCCGACCCUUUCGUCAAGGUCUACCUCUUACCUGGGAGAGGCCAAGUCAUGGUUGUCCAGAAUGCAAGUGCUGAUAACAAGAGAAGAACCAAGUAUGCCCAGAAGACCAUGAACCCAGAAUGGAACCAGACUGUCAUCUACAAGAACAUUCAUUUGGAGCAGUUAAAGAAAAAGACGCUGGAGGUGACAGUGUGGGACUAUGACAGAUCCUCCUCCAAUGACUUCCUUGGAGAAGUGCUGAUCGACUUGUCGAACACCGCCCAGCUCGACAACACUCCUCGCUGGCUGCCUCUGAAGGAGCAGAGUGAAAGCAUUGAGCACAGCAAGGCCCAUCAUGCUGCUCACGGCCCUCCAGGGUCAGGGCCAGGUCAGGGUCACGGUCAGGGACACAGCCUGGGACAUAUGUCAGGGCCUGGGAUGGGGCCUGGGCAUGGAAUGGGACAGGGUCACGGACUAGACGGGAGUCAUGAUUCACCUAAAAACUCUGUAAUCAAGAGCAGAAGCCAUGGGAUCUUCCCCGAUCCAGCCAAAGACAUGCAGAUGCUGCCUUUGGAAAAGUCACACAGCAGCCCAGGCAGCUCAAAGUCUUCCUCUGAUGGCCAACUGCGCUCCCAUGGCCCCUCUCGAAGCCAAAGCAAGAGCAGCGUCACUCAGGCCCACCUUGAGGAUGCUGGGAUAGCCAUUGCUGCUGCCGAGGCUGCCGUGCAACAGUCCCGCCUGCAACCAAGACCAGGACACAGACUGGCUGAUGUGUCAGGGUCAGUGGUGCUGUCUGCCCCGAGUCUUGUGGGAGACGCCUAUGGAGGUCUGGAUGGGGAAGAGGGGGCGGACACUGGAGUGGACAGUGCCAUUUUUCAAGUGCCACGCAUUGGUAAGACUAUUCCUAAUGGCACCGACAAAAAUCAACUAGGCACCCCAGAAAAUGAAGGUGGCAAAACACAAGUAAUGGGGGAGAUCAAGGUCGCUCUCAAGAAGGAGGUGAAGACAGAAGGGGACCAGCUGGUCUUGGAGGUCCUUCAAUGCAGAAACAUCACUUACAAGUUCAAAAGCCCCGACCACCUACCAGACCUGUAUGUGAAGUUGUAUGUGGUAAAUGUAGCCACUCAGAAGAGGAUCAUCAAGAAGAAGACCAGAGUUUGUCGACAUGACAGAGAGCCCUCUUUCAACGAGACCUUCAGGUUUCCCCUCAACCCAACUGGACACUCCAUACAGCUUUUCUUGGUCUCCAAUGGAGGCAAGUUCAUGAAGAAGACCCUGAUAGGUGAAGCCUACAUCUGGCUGGACAAGGUGGACAUGAGGAAGAGAGUGGUCAGCUGGCACAAGCUGUUUGUCAGCUCCACUCAGACCAACCCCUGAGCGUCUCGUCAAAAAGAAGGAGCUGUGUUGGAUCGACAAAAGGUGAAUCCAGAAUGUAGUAGUUCUGAGACCUGAUUUGACAAAAAGGCAAAAAAGAGAGAAAAAAAAUAUCAAGUUGAACUAAAAAGAUCCAUUUAAUUCACUUCCUCAGUUUCUAAGUUAUAAGACGGAGGGAAUUAUGUGCUAAUACCAUAACAACUUAAUCAGUCCAACACUGCCAGCACACAUGUCCACCUCUUCCCAUAAUGAGUCUGUGCUGGCUGUGGACUUUGCUUGUAGAAACAUGCAAAUACCACAGCAGGCACCACAACACACUCUGCAGCAAUAUGGCUUUGAGAGCAGCGAUGUCUUUCUUUCCAUAGUACCAAUUCCAUCAUCCACAUGAGACUUUCUUGUUUUGGUGCUGCGCAACUGAGCUAACAUAUCGAUCAGAGAGGGGAAAGAUGAAAAAAAUAACCAACCAAAUUGUGUUUUCUUCAUAUGAGAGUCAUUGUUGUAAUGCCCAAAUGAUGGUUGUGAUGUGUUUGGACAUCAGUGGUCUUGAAAUGUUUAACGAUGAAGGAAUGCUUAAUGUUUUUUGUAUGAUAGUCUUUCAUGUAAAAAGAAAAAACAAAAGAGUCAGGCAGUUGACUUUUGCUAUGGGAUGAAGAUAAAAAUGUACAGCACUACAGAUUGUAGAUAUCACAAAUGCAGAUUACAGAGCAUAUCAGAGAACCACAUUGUACAGCGUGACGUUUAUAUAAUAUACAAAGAUAUCAGAUGCAGAAUAUAUCUAAAUACAAUAUACAGUAAAAGAGCUGUUCUCUUGUCAUUAGAUUAUAUAUAAUAAACUAUAGACAUCUGUUAGAUUGAGACUGUGGGUGAUGCACUGACAAUCCAGUAGGCUACUUUAGUCUAUGGUGUAGGCAGUCUUAACAGCUGUUAUGUGAAUGUGGACCUAUGUGAGCUCAAGGAUGUUCACGAAAAAUAGCUCCUUUGGUCCUCCGAUCACACUGAUGCACCAUUCAACAGGGCUGGGAUUCAAAUCUUAAAGGUCAAGGUCAACAUGCAGUGACGUGUUGCUGUUUCACUGGUGCGUUUUGUGGCCGAAAGGUUAGAAUCACAAUAAAAUGAACAGCAUUUCAAGGUGGUGUUGAAAGCGACAAGCCAACUGUAGAAGAUGACAAGAGUUUAUCACAUCUGUGUCAUCCGUACGGCAUUUAUUUUAAGGCUCAUAGCGUGCUAAUAUUUCUUUCUGAGUAGCCCAUCACGUGAUUACACUGUUGAAAUGGACGUGUCAAAAUUAGAUCUGCAUCUGUCAUCACCUCAGUGUGACAGCUCUGCUUUCUGUGUAUUAGUAAAAAGCCCCCCUUUGGUCUGAGUUUUGCCUGAAAAUAAUUUCAAAAUGACGAAAAAAAAAUGUUCUUACCUAUCAAAUGUCAAGGUUCCUCUGUGUGUCCAGCUGUGCUGUAAAACUCACUAUGCUGUUUUGUGUCAGUGACUCCCGUUGAAACACAGUGAACCAGCCUCUUUCACUGCCUGUGACCAAAACACUCACUCAGGCCCACUGGGGUUUAAGUCCGAAGGGGCCAAGUCUCAGUACUGAUGUGGAGAAGGUGACCCAUGUCUUCAUCUUGUAAUGUUUUGCCACCAUAUCUACAUAAUGAAAAAAAAACAAACACAAAAACAAAUGAAGUGACCCUCGGAAUUACUGUCAGUGUAUUUAGGCAUAUCACAGGGAUGAUGCAAUUUUUUUAAAAAGGAAACAACAGACACACUUAGAACAAGAUGUCACUUAAAUCUUAUUGCAAAAGAUAAUAAAAAGAGAAUAUAAUAAGGAAGGGAACGUGGUUGAUUUUUCAGAUUAUUUUGCUGUGCCAACCUUGAUUUUUUUUUUAAAUUCCA